AUGGAGGGCCGCCGUGAGGGAACAGGCGGGGAAGCGAGGGAAGCAGCAGGGAACCCGGCGGAUAACGAAACGUACAACUGCCCUGUGGAUGGCAGCCCAUAUGAAGCGGUGAAGGUCGCCUCUACAGAGUGGGCUGAGGGGGAGCGUUCCCAGGCAACUAUGAAGUGCGGUGGGGCCUACCGCGCCAUGAAGCGUGUGGCCGACAUUGUGCCUUACGGCGGACUUCUCUCGAACGCAUUCAACUUGGCAAGUGCGACGCUUGGGGCCGGUAUUGUUGCGUUACCCUCGGGAUUCCGUGACUCUGGCAUCGUCGUCGCGUCCCUUCUCCUUGCGCUGUGCUGCGCAUGCACUGUGUACUCUAUUCGACUGCUCGUACUCGCAAAGGAGAAGACAGGAUUUCGAUCGUAUGAGGAAAUGGCGCAAGGCCUUUUUAUGCGUGGUGUCGACUACUUUGUGGCCUUGCUCAUGUUCGUCUUUUGCUUUGGGACCUGUGUGGGGUACGUCAUCUCCAUCGGCGACUUGUUUUUCCCAAUUCUGGAGUCUAAAACGACACCGGAGUUUUUUCGUACGAGCCAUGGAAAGUCUUUGCUGAUCAGUGGGGUUUGGCUGCUUGGAAUGUUUUCUCUCUCGCUUCCGAAGGAGAUUAAUUCCCUUCGCUACGCCUCAGUGAUUGGGGUUGCUUGCCUCAUCUUCUUCGUCAUCUGCAUGGUGAUGCAUGCCGCCAACAAUGGCUUAAAAGAGGGGAUGUCGUCGGACCUGUCUCUAUACGGUAAUGGAACAAAAGCACUGAAUGGGCUUUCACUGCUUAUUUUUGCGUUUAUUUGUCAGGUGAACUGCUUUGAGGUCUACGAGGAGAUGCAGGACCCCUCACCGAACCGCAUGACGCGAGAUACGACGUUGAGUAUGGUGUUUGUAGGCUUGCUUUACUUUUUUGCAGGCUUUUUUGGCUACGCGGACUUUGGCAACGCCGUGGCAGGCUCCGUGCUGCGACUGUACGACCCCAAGAAUGAUGUUUUGAUGGUGAUUUCGUACGUUGGCAUUGCAUUCAAGCUUUGCGGAGGAUUUGCGCUCUGCAUUCAGCCAUCGCGCGACGCCAUCUAUUAUGUCCUUGGCUGGGGGAAAACGUCGGACGUUUCCACGCGGCGUAAUCUUCUCGUCAGCGGCUUUCUUGCGCUGGCGGCGCUCAUACUCGGCCUUUUCAUACCGAGCAUCACCGUCGUGUUCGGCUUCUUGGGCGGUGUGUGCGGUGGCUUUUUGGCCUUUUUGUUCCCCGCCUUUUUCCACAUGUACUCCGGCAACUGGUCUCUGAAGGAGGUCGGCUGGGCGAAUUUCAUCGCCACGUAUUUGCUCAUUAUCCUCGGCGUCUUCGCCGUGGUCUUUUGCACCGUUCUGACCAUCUACGGCGAAGCUCACGGCUGA